AUGGCAGCAAAAGUUGAUCAACCUAAAACUCGUAUCUUAGUUUUACACGGUUUUUAUGAUAGUGCAGAAAAUCGUCAAUAUCAAAUGCGUUCUUUAAUUCGAUCAAUGAAAGAUAUUGAAUUUGUUUUUAUCAAUUCACCAUUUUCAUUUGUUGAUUAUGAAUUCUUAAGAUCAUCAGAUAAUUCUUCGAAUGAACAACGAUAUCAAUGGAUGUCUUAUAAACCUGAAUAUCCAGUUACAAACUAUAAUUAUGAUACAAUCAAAGAGAGUAUUGAAUAUAUAGUUAAUUAUAUUCAUAACAAUGGUCCGUUUGAUGGUUUAUUAGGAUUUUCUCAAGGUGCAAUUGUUUGUGCUACAAUGGUUUUAAAUAUUCCCAAUUGGCCAAUUCUUCCUAGUUGUAUUAAAUUUGUUAUUCUUAUUGGUUGUCCACCAAUCAACGAUGAAACAAUUAAACCAAUAUUAGAAACAUUCGAUAAACAAAAUCAAUUGCUACCGUCUUUGCAUGUUUCAGGAAUGAAUGAUACUUUAAUAACAACAGAUAUGAGUGAAAAAAUGUAUAAAUAUUUUAAUCCGUUAGUAGCUGAAUUUUAUUCACAUAAAGGAGGACAUUAUUGUCCAAACGAUUCUGAUUUUAGACAAAAAUUAAGAGAUUUUAUUCAACGUGCAACUCAUUCAUAA